AAAGGGCGCCUCUCCGGCCCUGCCGCAUUAAAGGCAGAUAGCGGACCAUGGGGAGCAGCAGGGCUAAACUUUUUAAUGCUUUUUUUGUUAGCGCAAUGACUUUUGAGUAGCAUUUAACUGGGACGAGGCUCCCGGCGCGUGGAGGACAGGGUGAAGAAGAAGAAACAGAGUACAACUGAAACACCCACAAAAGAGGACUUGAGAGUUGAGACGAGUUCCAAGCAACUAUCAGCGGUGGAAUAUCCAGUUUGGCCCAAUUGGACUGAAAGAUGAGCUUGUUGUCUGCCAUAGACACGAGUGCCUCCGUGUACCAGCCCACGCAGCUUCUCAACUGGGUCUACCUCUCCCUGCAGGACCCCCACCAGACCAGCGCCUUCGACGCGUUCAGACCCGAAGCCAACUCUUCCCACCCGGAUCUCAGCUUCAGCAAGACUCCCGCCGCGGGCGACCUGAGCUCUUCUUCCCUCAACUCCAACUAUCUCAACAACUUCCUGCAGCUGCAGCGCAAUGAGGCCUUGAACAACAAUGUGUAUAAGAAUGUAUCGCCCUACGGCUCCCUGAGCAACAUCGUGGAUGGACUCAACUCCCUUACGGACCAUUUCUCAGACCUUUCCCUUUCUUCAGAGCCAAGGAAACCCAACAAACGACCCCCGCCCAACUACUUGUGCCAUCUGUGCUUCAACAAGGGUCAUUACAUCAAAGACUGCCCUCAGGCCAGACCUAAAGGUGAAGGACUGACACCGUACCAGGGGAAAAAGCGAUGCUUUGGAGAGUACAAGUGUCCCAAGUGUAAGAGGAAGUGGAUGAGUGGAAACUCCUGGGCAAACAUGGGACAAGAAUGUAUCAAAUGCCACAUCAACGUGUAUCCACAUAAACAGCGACCUUUAGAAAAGCCGGACGGCCUGGAUGUGUCUGACCAGAGUAAGGAGCACCCUCAACACCUGUGUGAGAAAUGUAAAGUCCUGGGCUACUACUGCCGCCGUGUGCAAUAAUCAUCUCCAUCCAGAGGGAGAGAAGAACUUUUAGAGUCCCAAGUUAUGUUGCCUGGCAUCGUGGAUGCCCACGUCACAUCUGGGGGUUCCUCAGCCCUGUC